GAUAGUAGUGAACAUAUCCGCUAGUGCUGCAAGAGCUUCUCCUCGCCUCUGGGAAGGAUCUUGUCUGGAGAAGCUUUUGGGGAAUUAGAAGCAACGGCCGCCGCGAUGAGAGUGCUGAUUGUCCUGUCGGUGUGCGUGGCUCUGGCUUGCGCUGCGUCGCCCCCUCGCUCUGCGCCCGAAGCCGGAGUCGAAGUCAAAGCUCGGACGAAGAGGGACUAUCCAGUGGACAGCAGCUACUCGGCCCCUUCCUCCUACGGAUACGGCAAUGGCGGAGUCUACUAUUACUAUUACCCAAGUGGCGCGACGCUGCAGGAGAAGGGGGAGAAAGACGAGGAGGAGAAGGACAAGUGCGAUGUGGAAAGGCUGCUGGCUCCCAUCAUCUUGAUCACGAUCUUCUUGGGCAUCAUCGCCGGCGCCAUCGUGGGUCUCUUCCCGGCCCUGACUUUGCCGACCGUCCAGCAGAUUCUCGCGCUGCUCCCCCAGAUCAAUGGAAGAUCAAUGGAUGAUAUGACAGUGAUGAUAACCCAAGCUGUGGAGAGCGAGGACUGCUUGGAUCGCCUCUUCUGUGAAUCUGGAAAAUUCGCUGACGGAUACACAAAUACUGUCAGCAUGUUCGAAUUCUUCGCUCCUCGCGCCUUCGAGAGCAAGAUGAAGAUCUUCAAGGACUCCGCUCUCAGGAAGACGGACUGCAAGCGCUACAGAUGCUCCUACGUGGACUUUAUGUUCAAAUAGGAAGCUCUCUAACGGCCAUUUUCCUAUCAUUUCCUAUCUUUGCUCCUUUCCAAAAAUGUAAGCACUCCGCCCUUCUAUUUUUACAUUACUUGCUGGGCAACUCAUGAUUCUUAUUAUAAUUUAAAUCUCUCUCUCUCUCUCUCUCUCUCUCUCUCUCUCUCUCUCUCUCUC